UUUUAAUCAUUAAUCAUUUCAUUGUUUAUGAAAUGUGCUUCUACAUAACCAGAGAGUGUUCUGUAUUUACUACUUCUGCUCUGAGUAUUCUGUGGGACUUUGGUAAUUGGCUGAGAGUUUGGAACUCCCCAAGCAAGGUUCAACUGCUUUGUUGAGUUAUUUUAAAUGAAGACAGUUCCCUUUCAGAAAACCCGAUAGGAGAUACAACUUGGAACAUCUUCUUUAUUCUUGUAAAUAGGCACUAAAGUGCUCUUCAAUGUCUGACAUCCUUUUCGAUUUAAGGAUCACCUUAAGUAAAAAGAUCCUUCUACUUAAUUAAAAAAAAGAAAAAUAAAAGGUCCUUUUCCCCAGCUGUCCUCCACUCCCACAGAUCAUUCCUUCUCUUAAGUAGAUAAUCAUGCAUCAAUCUAAACAAAGUUGAAAUUUCUCCACAUUGUAGAUGGUAAAAUGGAUCAUGGUUAAAAUUAUUUUAGGAGAUGAGGUUUUGAUUAUUGUCAGUAUAGAUGCACUGUAAGUUGAGUUGGAAGAAGAGAUGAGACAACUUCUGGGUGGUAUGUAGAGGGGUUGGUGCAAAGAACAUCUAAAUGAGGGAUCAUUAUGAAAGGUGAAUUACAUGGUCAUUGCAUUUAGAACAAAAUAAAUUGAUCGUAUCAAAAUAUAGGCAAACAUUGUGGGUUAACUACAACCAUCCAUGAUUUCAAGAACAUAAUUGCAAGGAGGACGUCAAAUUACUUGAGAAGAACAAGUAUUGUUCUUGGGAAAGAUGUUCUUUGUCUUUCAGUUUCCCCAAUGCAGGUUGUUUAUCUUCUUGUCUAUUUGGAGCCGUAGUUCUCAUUGGCUCAACAAACUUGCAUUGGCCCCUUCAUGGCUUAUAAUUCACCACUACUGGAAUAUUUUUCUUUUAGUUUUGGAGUAAAAUGCUUAGGCCAGAGAAGUGGCAGGCCACCUUUGAUGGUGAUGGAAAGAUUCUUGGUUUCCGUAAAGCUUUGAAAUCAAUUAUUCUUGGGGGCGUGGAUCCAUCAAUAAGGCCGGAAGUUUGGGAAUUUCUUUUGGGAUGUUACAACUUGAGCAGCACUGCAGACUACAGGAGGCAAUUGAGAACUGCUCGAAGGGAACGCUACAGCGAGCUUGUCAAGCAAUGCCAGAUGAUGCACUCCAGCAUAGGCACAGGUUCUCUUGCUUAUGUUGUGGGGUCAAAAGUCAUGGAUAUGAGGACAAUGUCCAAAGAUAAUGGAAGAAGAGAAGCUGAGGCCCAAGAUAGGCACACCUCAGACUACGAGAACAAAUUAGACAGUCGCUGUGAUUGGGAUAAUCAUUGUACAGAUACAGCACAAACAUGCAAAAGGGAAAGCUCUAGUGAUUCAGGUGACCUUGUCACUGUUAGGGGGAGCACGGAUAGUGCAGCAUAUGAAUCAUCUUGUUUUAUGCCUAGUUCAGAUCCAUGCAAUUGCCAUUCCCCAAAGCCAGGGAGUGAAGCAAAUGGAUCACGAUAUUUAACAGAGAGUUAUUUUGAUUUUCCUCCAUUACCCGUCACGAAUUUGUUUGAGAACACUGGCAAAGAGAGUGAAGAACAUGAGUUCCCUGGUGAUAGGCAUUCUAUGCAACUGCAGUACAAAGAUGGGCAUAUGCAUACCUUUCAAAUUAAUAACAACAUUGAUCUAAUUAUGGAGUCAAGUGGUUCACCAUCUGAUGUAGUCUCACAUGCUCUUAACUGUGAAAUUGAGAUGGUUCAACUUGAUGUCCACGAACCUCUAUCCCCUUCCAAGGACCUGGAAUACAAAAAAGAGAUAAUAAACAGAUUAAGAAUAUCAGAUGUGCCAGAAACACUGCCCAUAGAUGUAAGGACAUCUCAAAUGGGGCCAUCUAGUGAAGACAGAGUAUCGGAAUGGCUUUGGACGCUUCACAGAAUUGUUGUUGAUGUGGUUAGAACCGAUAAUCAUCUAGAGUUCUAUGAGGAUGCCAAAAAUUUAGCUCGAAUGUCAGAUAUUCUUGCUGUUUAUGCCUGGGUUGAUCCUGCAACAGGGUACUGCCAAGGUAUGAGUGAUUUACUAUCACCAUUUGUUGUUCUUUUUGAGGACAAUGCUGAUGCUUUUUGGUGCUUUGAGAUGCUUUUAAGAAGAAUGCGUGAAAACUUUCAGAUGGAAGGACCAACUGGCGUGAUGAAGCAGUUGCAAUCACUGUGGCAUAUCUUGAAGCUUACAGACAAAGAAAUGUUUGCUCAUCUUUCACGUAUAGGUGCUGAAAGCCUUCAUUUUGCCUUCCGGAUGCUGCUAGUACUCUUUCGCCGGGAGUUAUCCUUCAAUGAGGCUCUUUGUAUGUGGGAGAUGAUGUGGGCUGCUGAUUUUGAUGAAUCUCUGGUUUACAAUUUAGAGCGGAGUUGUCUGGAGCCAUUGGUAAUACAGAUUCCUAGGGAAUCAGUUGCAGAAAUGGCAGAAGAAAGCAUUGAUAAUGGCAACAUUAUUGUAAAAGGUGGUCUACAAUCAAAUCAUGGAAAUGGAGAACGCUCCACCCCUGAUGAUGAAGACAACGAUGACGAUGGAAUUACAUCAGCAUCGACCCAUGCCUUUUGUGGAUUAGCAAAAGGUUUCUGGUCAAAAAAUGAUCAAUUGCAUAUGUGUACUGUAGUCACAUCCACAAGGAAUGGUGACAAUGACUUACCUGUCUUUUGUGUAGCGGCAAUUCUUGUAACAAAUCGUCAAAAAAUCAUCCGAGAAACCAGUUCCAUUGAUGAUCUGAUAAAGAUAUUCAAUGAUAGGAUGCUCAAGAUCAGGGUCAAGAGAUGUAUACGUACAGCCAUGAAGCUUCGGAAAAAGUAUUUGGAUAAGUUGAUCAAGAAUGGUAGGCCUGCAGCUCCGGCUCGGCAGGAGGAAUAGGUUGCUUGGGUUUCAGAGACUUGCACGAGUGAAGCUCGGAUAUGCCUCUUUGGGUUGGUAGUAGUAAUUCAAGGUUGACUGGCACGAGAGAAUUUUGUUAUUUAGGCUCUUUUAUGUUUGAGGAGCAUAUGGCAAAGUGCUUAUGCUGUUCGAUAUUCAUCCAGUCCUUGACUGAAAAUGUCUCUUCCACCCGCAGUGCUAGUGAAUGGACUGCAUGGUGGAAACUUUGCCUUUGUGCCUCUCAGGUCAGGUUACGGAACUUAUUGCAGGUUAGUGGAAUAUGAUUCUUCAUUGUUAUAUAUACAUAUUUGGAGACCCAAUUAUGUAGAACAUCUGGUUGGUCUGUAUGAGUUACUCUUGAGAAAACCAUAUAGUCAAAAUCGAUGAAAUGAUAAUUUUUUUUGUCUUUUUUCUCUUUGUAUCCA